GGCUGGUCACUUGAUCGGGUGCCACAUGCCCAGCUCUAGCGUUAGUUACCCGGUCAUUGCUUGCACGCACACGCUUUUAAACAGUGGUGUUCCCUUCUCAGGAAGAGUCAAAAAAAAAAACCCCGAGACAGCGAUUUCUCCAAAACCCAAAACCAGAGCGAGGGCGUACCAAUUGCACUCCUGGGUGCUGUCUCACUCACACACGAAACGGAAACGGAAACGGAAACUGAAACUCUCGCCGGCUCGGUCCGAGACUGGACAUGUGACUUGGCGAUGGUGGUUUAUGCGUUUUUCAUAUAUGGGAGUCCACACGUACCUGCCAAAUGAACUAUACCUUCUAUGUUCGCCGAAUAAGAUUUGAGAUUGAGAUUGAGAACGCUCUUUCGGACUCCCAACUUCCCAUCAACUGCAUUGUAAGUCACAGUCACAUAGCCGUACAGAUACCGCGUUGCCGUCCUCUCUCUCCCUUCCUCCUAACGGACCAAACCAUCUGUCGCGUAGCAGAACAAAACUAUUGUUUCUGAUGACUCUUUGAAAUUGUCUAAGCAGGAUCAGCUAUACAGGAUAAUGACGGGCAUGAAAGAUAUUGAUGAUGCUGUGACAGUUGAUGCAAAUAUAGAACAGCAAGGAUCUGUGUCGGUACCUGAAGAAGAAAAGCCCAAUGGUACUGUGCAGGCUAAUUUUCCGGCUACCAUCGAAGCUAAGGUGCCUACAUCGCCGAAUGAUGCUGAUACAGGCAAUAAGCAAGUCCUGCCUGAUGAUAAAGUUUCUGCUGGACAAAGUGCUGGAGGUGUUACUGAUGCUGAAGAGUGGGGAAAGAAAAGAAAAUUUGAUGAUACCCACGCUGAGAAUCAGACUGAAGAUGCCACACCACUUCAAAUAGUUUUGGCAGAAGAAUCUUUGGCUUCUAAAGUUGAGGAUGAAAAUUUUGGAAAGUUAAAGAAUAAGUGGACUGAUAUCGAGGUAAUGGCAGGAAUGAAUGAAACGGGUACACCUGAAGAACAGGCAGAGUUCAUGAAGGAACUUGCAACCUUCUACAGGGAGAAUGCCCUGGAUUUCAAACCCCCGAAGUUCUAUGGGGAGCACUUAAAUUGCCUCAAGUUAUGGAGAGCUGUUAUAAGAUUGGGUGGCUAUGACUUGGUGACUGCUAACAAGUUGUGGCGGCAAGUCGGAGAGUCUUUCCACCCUCCUAAGACUUGCACAACAGUCUCUUGGACAUUUCGCAACUUCUAUGAGAAGGCACUCCUGGAGUACGAAAGACGCAAGAGGCAAAGUGGUGAGCUUCAACUCCCCAUUUCUUCACCUUUAGGACAUGCUACAAGUGUUGAAAAUGAGGGAAGUGGCAGCCAUGGACAAGGGUCGGGUAGAGCUAGACGAAAUGCAGCAACCCGUGCUAUGGAGGGUUGGCAUACUCAUCGUCUUCUUGGGCAUGGUGAGGUCAGCGAGCCUAUUAUUAAGGAAAAAAGUUCAGCACCACGGCGAGAGAAGCAACUGAAAAAUAUUGGUUGCUCACUUAUGAGUUCCAGUAAGCAAAUUCAUGUGGAGCAGGCUGUGAUAGUUGCUCAAGAUAAACAGCUGGUAACUGAAGUCACUGAUGUUGGACCCGCUGCAGAUUGGGUGAAGAUUAAUGUACGAGAGACCAAGGAUAGUUUUGAGAUUUAUGCUCUGGUCCCUGGACUUCUUCGUGAAGAGGUCCAAGUUCAAUCAGAUCCUGCUGGACGUCUGGUGAUUACUGGUCAACCAGAGCAACUUGACAAUCCUUGGGGCAUUACUCCCUUCAAAAAGAUUGUGAACCUACCUUCCAGAAUCAAUCCGCAUUUCACUUCUGCUGUUGUUAGUCUGCACGGCCGACUAUAUGUACAUGUACCGUUUGAACGUGGAUCAGUUUGAGGAUUAGAAUUUAUAACAGUAAAUUUGGGCUCAUUGAAUCAGAUUUAAACUAGUGAACGUAUGUUAAUGGAUGUUAUUUUUAAGUGCAGUUUCAUGGAUAAUUAUUUGUGUUGUCCCA